ACCUAAAUUUCUCAUCUAUUUUUUCCCAUAUAUAUAUAUGUAGAAUUAAUCAACUCCCAUUUCCUUUUCAAUAAAACUGAAUUUCUUUUUUCUGAGAAAACAAUUGUUCCACAUUCCAAACUUGUGAAAAUGGCCUUCAGAAUGAGGUACUGGAAAUCUAUGAUGAAUGCCAUCGAGGCGAAUCGAUCGUUUGCUUCUACUGCUGGUGGUUCUACUCAUGCCAAUCCUCCAAAAUCCAAGUAUGCAGUGAAUGGAGAUAUGGCACCAGUGUAUGUAUUGGGUGGAACAUUAUUAUUGGCAGUUGGAUUAUGCAUUUUCACAAUGAAACAACAAUUAUUUCAUGGUCCUGGUGUUUAUGUCACCAAAAAAAAGAGAGAAAAUCUUGCUGAAGUUGAUUUUCCAGAUGCAAUGGCUAGUUCUGGUAACAAGUACAUUAACAAGUCUGUCUUGAGGAAAUUUGGUAGAAUCCAAGAGCCUGUUAAUUCUCAAUAUGACAUUGACCCUUACACCAGGCCGAGAAAAAUUGAGUCCUUGAAAUCAGUUGGAGCUUGAGACAAAAUUGGAAAGUCCACUGUGAAAAUAGAUUUCCAUUUUUCUAAUUUAAUUUAGCUCCCAUGGCACAAUAAAUUAUAUGUUGUCAAUAAAGUGCCAUAAAUUUGAGGAGAAAAUAGAUUUUGUACUACAAUAUAUUCCUUUUUAUUGCUAUUUCAUUUUUUAUGCA